UCGGAUCUCAUCUCAGUAGACCGCGGACCAGUCAGGAGGGAGGACGCGUGUGGUUUCUCUGUCUCUCUGUCAAUACCACGUGCGGUGUGCACAAAGUGUCAAACGGAAGUCAAGUGUUUGAGUUUCCUGCCGUUUUAUUCGAAAAAGUGAAAGCGCCGUAUCUGUGAAUUGCACGCAUUAGUGUUAACAGUAAAAAUAAUUAUCUGAUUAUCGGCUUUAUCGCACUGAUCAAACGAAUUGUAAAUAAAUAAGGAUAAUUUAAAUCUAGUUAGCAGAAGACACAAAGCGGUGGACGAAAAUAAGCCACGUGAUGUGCGGAAUUUCCUGAACCGAAGGCAGAUCUAAUUCAUUGAAGAUAAGAAAUGUUACUUUGAAAUGAAAAUUACCGGAAACACUGCACGAUCAAGAUGGAUUUCUGCAAACCAUACAAGUUUCUACAUAUACUACCCAAGCUUGCAAAACGAAUCGUUUGGUCCUGGCGAGCCGAAAACGGCACGGUAUUCCAGGUACCGGAAAAUGAUCUGCAUUCGCCAGGCGGGUGUCUUAUCGAACUGACAAACGUCUCCGUCGCUGUUCUCACCACCCUCGUUGCCGCGAGUUUAAUUUUCAAGUACAAAUGCAACGCAACCGGCAAGCUUUCUAAGUCGCUCUUGCCACUUCACACGUGCAGGACUUUAUUUUGUAUGUUACUACUGUUGAUUCUUUUAUUGGAACUAUACGAGUCCAUCCUGACGUCGAUAUCAUUGUCGUCAACCUUAGCAGUGAACGCUGUGCUAUUUUGUUGGAUGUUACAUCGCGAAACCGAGAUCAGAGACGGUCUCGGUACCGCCGUGACGGGAGGUGGAUUUACAAUAAUCGGUCUCGCGCGAGCAUGGAAGUUUUUAUACUUGUCCAGAUUUGGAUUGUCCGUCCAAUAUGUUCACGUUGCAACAACAGGGGCUACCGCCGCUUGUUGCGGAUUCCUGGCUGUUGUAGAUUCCUACACCCUUUAUCGCAUGAUGCAGAAGAGCAUGCGGUACACGGUUAAGCGGGCCGAUAACGCGCGGAACUCCUACGUGCACUCCACCUCGCCGUUCCUCAGCAAGCUCACCUUCCACUGGAUGACUGACCUGCUGCGGCGCGGUUAUCACACGCUGCUUGAGCUUCACGAUCUCGAGCAGCUACCGGACGAGGAGACCACGAGGAACCAGUUCGAACGUUUCCGCGACAUUUACGAGACCGAAAGGCUGCGAUGUCGCGGGCGCAAAUUGUCCUUAUGGAAAUGUUUUUGGAAACGAACAUGGCUGACUUUCGCGGCGGGUAGUGUCUUGAAGCUCUUCGGCGACGCCAUGACUUUGGUGGGACCCAUGACGAUCCCGAAGAUCAUAAAUUACGCGUCGAAUCUGCAAAACAACACCGUGACGAAUUUCCCUCCGGAGAGAGUCCUGACAUUCUCCCAAGUUAUGAGAAAUGGAUACUUCCUGGGGCUCGUGAUCUUUCUAGCCACCAUUUUGCAAAGCACACUAAAGCAAGCCUCCACUCACGUGCUCUGCGUCGGAGGAAUACGCUUGCGAACGGCUCUUCAGGCGCUGAUUUACGAUAAGGCUCUCCGAUUGUCCCCUUGGAGUAUCUCCGAGGAAGAAAAGCCAUCUGACAAAGAUAAAGAGCAACAGUGCCAUCAGCAAGCAGCUGACGUUGGAACACUGACGAAUCUCAUGGCCGAAGAUGCGUACAACGUAAUGAACUUCUUCUGGAUCGUUCAUUACAUCUGGGCCGUACCACUAAAAAUUACCGCCAUCAUUUUUCUUCUGUACCUGAAAUUGGGCAUCAGCGCGAUUAUCGGAGUAAUUUGCUGCAUAUUGAUCGUCACGCCGUUGCAGCUGUUCCUCGGGAAACGAAUGUCCGAAAAUUCCAAGUCCAUAGCGGAGAAGAGCGAUGCGCGCCUCCGUCUGCUCAACGAAAUUCUUCAAGGGAUACGGCUCAUUAAGCUACGCGCCUGGGAGAAUCUCUUUGAAGAUCGCAUCCGCGGGGCCAGGGAGCAGGAAUUAAAGCUGUUAAAAAAGGACUCCAUAUAUUGGGCGCUUAUUAACUUCCUGACGCAUGCCUUCUCCGUUCUGGUAACUCUAUUCACAUUCGGGAUUUAUUUCUGGUUGGAGGAACGAAAUCUCGAUGCGGGGAACGUUUUUGCUAGUCUCGCGCUCUUUUCGCAGCUGACGGUGCCGCUUUUCAUCUUUCCGGUGAUAGUGCCGAUUAUCAUCAAUGCCAUGAUUUCCACAACGAGACUGGAGGAGUUCCUUCAGCUUCCAGAGAUCGUGAAUAUUCUCCCCGUACCAAACGAACGAGGAUCAACGGCAGAUACAUCAUCAAAGCUAAAUUCGUACACCGACAAUAAUAUGCAAGUGAUUGAUACUUUUGGAUCGCUGGACAAUAUUGCGGAGGACGAGGAAGAUCUUCGAUCGAGUAUAUCACGCGAAUACGAUUUGCCAAUUGACUCCUCAAACGACACGGUGUUCGAGAAAGAUCCGGAAGUGUCCGAGAGUGUCCUCAAAGUUAUGCCGAGCACCUUCACCUGGGGUUCUGACGAAAAUACGUUGACGGUUAAUGCUCUCAGUUUCCCGCGAGGACAACUAACGAUAAUAGUGGGAAAAACUGGUAGUGGAAAGACUUCUUUACUAUUAGCGCUCUUAGGAGAGAUUCAGAGGACAAGCGGAAGCAUCGACUGGACCAAAGGUUUGAAGAUCGCCUACGUGGCACGACAGCCUUGGCUCCAGAAUGCAACUUUGAGGGACAAUAUUCUCUUCGGAUGUGCAUAUCGAUCGCGAAGAUAUCGCAACGUCCUACACGCGUGCGCCCUUCAACCGGACGUGAACAUACUUCCCAGUCGAGAUCUGACUAGGAUUGGCGAACGGGGUAUUAAUUUGAGCGGUGGGCAGAAGCAAAGGGUUACCAUAGCCCGAGCUCUCUACAGUGACGCCGAUGUCAUUCUUCUGGACAAUCCACUGUCGGCGUUAGAUCAGCACGUAGGUCAACAGAUUUUCGAUCACGGUAUCAAGAGACUUCUGUUGAGAAAUGGUCGCACAGUGAUUAUGGUCACUCACAAAUUGGAACUGUUGUCGGCCGCUCAUCAGAUAAUCGUUAUGGAUGGCUGUCAAGUCCGCGCGGUCGGAACGAAAUCCAGCAUCGAGAAUACGGAUUCUGAAUUGGCAGCGGAGUGGCGAAUCGUUAAUUCGAGACGCGAGAACGAGAACCACGUUCAAACGACCACCAAGGAUCAAUGGUCCUUGAUCAAACUGGUCUACAGGAUCGGAAUGAACGAAACGAGAGGGGACGUAAGUGACGAGCCGUGGAUCGCCGAGCGCGAUGACUAUGUGAAUCCGCCAGCGUUUGUACCCUUAAGGCUGCGCCGAACAACUUUAUCCGGCUCGAGGUACUGGAGUCACGUUCUCACAGAUCUUUCGGUAUCAACGGAAGAAUGGGACACGGCUAGGAAACGAUCGAGGGACCGCGACAUUAUUAGACUGAGGAGUUUCCAAGCGCAAAAACGGCCGCCGCCGAUUUUCCGUCAGAGCAGCACGCCGAUAAUUCUCGCAAACCGACAUGUACCGCCGAGGAAGAGAAACAAUACUUACAACAACGGACAAUCCAACAGAGUGCUGAGGCCAUUCUUCUCUGCAAGGUAUCCGGAGGAAAUGACAAUAAGCAAAGACAAAAAUGUCCUGUCUCGGUGGAUCCCAGGAUCUAACAAGAUUGCUCAGCAGCGGGAUCAGCACCAUCAUCUCCCGGCGAAACAUUUGUUAUCGAUGGAAUCGCGAACCGAUGACAAUACGAAUGACAUGGAAGACACUUUGAACGACGAAGAUGUGGAUGAACAAGGCGAACUCGAAGCCGACGAUAAAAGUGGAAUGGUCACCAGAAUGAUUUGGAUGGAGUAUCCAAAGGCCGCUGGCUGGAUACCGGGACUCAUUUACACCAUAGCAGCGCUGAUCUUCCAAGCGCUUCGCGUAUAUACUGACUUCUGGCUAAGUGAAUGGAUGGAGGAAAGCGUUCGUUUACCGGCGAAUACGGUGUCUUACUUCAUGAUGUACAUUAUCAUAUGCGUGAGCUCCAUUCUUUUAUCGAUACUCUGCAAUGCAUCGGGUCAGUGGGCGGGUGCUAGAGCAAGACGAAAGUUGCAUCAAGAGGCUAUCGUCGGACUUCUCGGUGCACCCGUCUCAUUCCUCGAAUGUAAUCUCAUUGGGAAAAUCUUGAGCAGAUUUAGCGCAGAUAUGAGUGUCAUAGACAAGAAAAUGGCUACGGCGAUCAAGAGACUGACGUCUUUUGUAUUACUCUGCGGCUCGGUGACUAUCAUCAAUAUUGUUAUUUCACCGUGGUUCUUGAUUGCUGUUGUACCAAUUAGCUGCGCUUAUUACGGACUGCAAAAAUUCUACAGACGCGGCGCCAGGCAAUUGCAAUGUCUAGAUGGCAGCACGAGAGGACCAGUAGUAUCACAUUUCUCAGAAACUUUGUCUGGCCUUUCGACACUAAGGGCAUUCAAGCAAGAGGAUCGUUUCAUGGAUGAGAUGAUGAAACGCCUCGACGUAAACACCAACGCAUUUCUUAUUCUGAACACCAGCAGCAGAUGGUUCAGCAUCGCAUUGGAUUAUUUGGGCGCCGUUAUUGUGGUAAUAGCUAUCUCUACGGCUUUGCUUUCUGCGGAGGUAUACCCAAACCGCGUAACGCCCAGAUUAGUGGGCCUGGCAAUUAAUUAUACUCUUUUAGUGCCAAUGCUGAACUGGGUGAUCAAAUUUAGCGCAGAGAUCGAGUUAUACAUGGGGAGCGUGGCCCGAAUUUGCGCGUACAAAAACGCACAACCGGAGAAACGUGACGAAAACGGCUUACGAGUCGCCAAUGACUGGCCUAAUAGGGGCGAAAUCGUUUUUGAGAAUGUCACUCUGCGCUACGAUGCAAACAGAAAUCCGAUAAUCACAGACUUAUCUUUGAGAAUACCAGCUGGGCAAAAGUUGGGCAUUUGUGGAAGAACCGGUAGCGGGAAAUCAUCGACCGUCAUGGCCCUCUUCCAACUGAUUGAGAUCAGCCAAGGACGCAUCCUGCUGGACGGAAUUGACAUCCGGCAAGUGCCACUUCGUACAUUGCGCUCGCGGUUAUCGGCGAUACCGCAGGAUGCGAUAAUGUUUAGCGGCACGAUCAGAGAAAACCUGGAUCCGCUUUCGGAGCACGAGGAUCGAGAGAUCUGGCGAGCAUUGGAGCUCUCGCAAAUCAAAGAUGUCGUAGCUUCGCAUCCCGAGGGACUGAGUUUUGAAGUACGAGAAGGUGGCGAGAACUUUUCAGCUGGUCAGCUGCAACUACUUUGCAUGGCACGUACGAUCCUUCAGCAGUCGAGUAUCGUCGUUCUCGACGAAGCGACCAGCGCGCUCGACGUGGCCACCGAGAAGUCGCUUCUAAAAGCGGCUGCUGCCGCUUUCGAGGACAGAACUGUGAUCACCAUCGCGCAUCGAGCAGCGGCCUUGUUAGAUUGCGAUCGCAUCGUUAUCUUCGACGAGGGCAAAAUCAUCGAGGAGGGCUCACCGAUGGAUUUAAUGCAAAGGCAGAAUGGAACUUUUUCCGCAAUGAUCAAAGCGGUCGAGAGAAAAACAAACAACGACGAGAGAGACCACGCGAGAAUCGUCAAUUAACUUCUCUAAUGUAUAAUAUCGAUAUGAGUUAUCAAGAUUUAAGAUAAAAAUUUAAAGACUGUUCUAGGAUAGAAACGAAACAAGUUUUCUAUAAGGACGUUACGAGAAACGUAUUGUAUACGACGAUUUAUUUUUUAUAUUAACGUUACGCGCGUGCUCGGCUGAUGUGCCACUUUUAUACGAUAUCUUGAUUUUGUGUCAUGAAUGUACUAGAAAUCGUAAUUUGUAAAUAUAUACGAUUGAUCACGCAGUCCAUUUGCAUCUGUAGAUCUGAACGCGACGCCCGGUAUAUCACAGGAUAAGAGUGCCAAACGAUAAUAAUUACUAAUAUCCCCACUGUAUCUACCAUCGCAGAAAAGGUGAGCGUGUUUUUCAGUUAGUGGCACCGAGGCCGGCCUGUCGAUAGCACCGGAGCUGUCUCGCUUAUCAGCACUUUUUUUUUCGGCACCGAUCGAAUGGAUCGACGGCCGUGAUGCCGAUAAGCGGUGUGACACGCGUGGAAUUCGAUAUGAGAAGAAAAAGCUAAGCGAACGUUUCAUUGACACGAUUGUCCCAUGGAUCAUCGCGUGAGAAAGAGUUGCUUUCACCGACGGAAAUUUCAGUCUAAUAAUCGGAAACAUGGAUUUCCAAUGAUUGUGACGUGAUUGAACAUUCAGGCAUUUAACUUAAGUGACAAUUGAAAUUCGACGAGUCGGUGGCGAACGAUUCUGGUGCGAUUACAAACAGUUCGACGAGAAGAAGGUUCGAGAACGAAUAGGAAAGAAAUGGAAAAAGAAACUUGAAACGCAAUUUUUAGACGUUACUCCUGACUUGUAUCGGUGAGCGGCGGCAAAGCGAGCGAAAAUUAAGUUAACUUUACUGCCCGGAAAGUAAUACAACAUUUUUCCCGAUGGAUGAUUACAAUUGCUUACACGGACGUUCGACAAAGAGCACAGAGGCGGCCUUAUUAAUG